AUUUAGCAACACUGUGGAAGUCUACUUUGUAAACUGCUGGUCUGUGCUGCGUUUACUAUUUAGUGUUCCUGGUUUUACAGUUUAUCAUCUUGUCGAGUACUCUCUCUGUAUCUAUUGUGGUUCCCUGGUUGGCUGUUGCUGCUACAUAACUCCAAGAAACAUGGCAGGAAAUCUAGAAGAUUUGAAACAACUCUAUCUGAAGCAGGGAAGAAACAAAUUCCACGCUAUAUUUACCAACAAGAACGAUCUUGCAGUGAAAGCAUCUGUAGAAAUUGACGAAAAGAUCAAGGUUUAUCCGAAACAGAACGCGGGUUUUCAUUGUAUGAUUACUGGUGCACAAAAUAUCACCAAGUUUACUGCACACCGACACAGGAUUAUCGUGACUUUGAAACGUAAGCAGAUUUUGACGCUCUACUUGAAGAGGGAUAGCAGCUACUAUCGACAAAAACAUCUACAGCCUGUGGAUUUACUUGAUACAGUGACGUUUAUGCUCGAAGAAUUGACCCCAUCGUCAUAA